GCUGAAAAUGUUGCGCGUUCAAGGGAAGGAAAAAAAAAAUCGGAGUCUGCGCAGUAGCGUUGUUCUCGACACUCCGAACUUUCGGGAGAACCGCGGAGGAAGGAGGAGAGGGAGAGAACAACGCCAUUUUUUCUGGCCCUGUGCAGUCAGACGGGUGUCUUCGGUCCAGACUGGCGGGUGGAUCGGGACCAGACAGUCCUGGGGGCGGGGCGCUGAAAUCUGGACUCUGUACCCAACUGAGUUGCAGUGGGCUGUGAGCGGCGGCGGCAGCAGAGAGGACGAGGCGAGGCUGGAGCCAUGUCGUCGGCCUUGUGGCGCGAGGACGAUGAAGAGUUUAAGUUGGGAGCCGUAAGGGCGGGGGGGGCGAGAGGCAAGCCGAGGUUCUCCAUGACGGAGAUCAAACUGCUGCUGGAGGCGGUGAAAAGGAACAGAUACAUCCUCCUCAAGAAGUUUAACCAAGGCGUGUCGGCUGAAGCCAAGAAACAAACCUGGACUGAAAUCACCAAUCAGAUCAACGGUCUGGGAGAGAAUCACCGAGAGGUGCGUCAGAUCAUGAAGAAAUGGGCCGACCUCAAAUGUGAUGGAAGGCGAGCGCUCCGGGGCCCCAACGGCAGCAACGUGAGGAAGAAGAGCAUGGGCCCCGUGGAGAGGAUGGUCCACAAGAUCCUAAUGAUGAGUCCCAGAGGAGGUGGCGAAAGUGAUUUUGACCUCGACGAAGAAGAAGAUUUUUCAAAGGUUUACAGCAAAGGCCCGCCCCCCAACGCUCCCCCGUUCUCCUACCUCAGCUUGACGGACAGCUCCCAGUCUAUACCCGGAGGAGCCUCCUACGACUUCUCUCCUCUCUCCUCCCCGGAGAAAGAUCUCGCCAGCGAUCCUUUCUACUCCUCCCCUGACUUUGACCUGGCUGACGAUGGAGAACACACCAUGGACUUUGAAGAAAACGACGACUCCUUGUUCUCCUCCUACCCUUCAUCUCUUCCCCGGCCCGCCUCCCCGUCCCUGGACCCGCUGCCCGACAACGCCCUGCUGAGGAUGAAGCCGGUCCACACCUACUCCCGAAGCAGCCAGAACCACACCACCGCCCAGAACCACACCUCCCCCAAACCUGCACCUGGACCCUCGGCCUCCACGUCCUCCGCUUUCCCUCCGGCGUCGGAUCCAGACGCCGCCUCUUCCUCGGCCGCUCCGCUCCCUCUGGAGCCCUCCUCAACCUCCAACAUGACUUUCUCUUCCCUCCUUGCUCCUUCCUCCUCAUUCACUCCCCCACUUCCUCCUACCUCCAUCUCUACAUCUCCUUCCUCUUCAUCACCCUCUAAAUCUGUCGCAGCCAACGCCUCGCACCCCGAGCCCUCCUCUUCCUCCUCCUCCCUCCCACCCGUUCCUGCGCCUCCUGCUGCGGUCUCUUCCUCCUCUGUCACUUCUAAUGCAACCUCCUCCAACUCCCAUCAGCCGUCCCCCUCCUCUUCCUCAGUCCUCCCACCCAAUCCUCCCCCCACCGCAGGCCCAACCGUGUCGGACCCUCUCCCGGGCGGGGCGUCCCACCGCCGGGCCCGCGAGCAGGUGGCCCAGAUGGCCUCUCAGAGCCUGCAGCAGCAGCGCGCCAGCCGCAUGCUUCUGACCUCGGUGUCCCAGUCUUUGGAGGUGCUGGCACAGUCGGUCCAGCUGCUGGUGGAGAGCCAGCAGGAGUUUGUGCAGGAGUCUCUGCUACUGCAGAGGGAGACGGUGGAUGUCCUGAGGGAUUUCUCCAACACGGCGCUCACCAUGCUGAGAGACAAAACCAACGGGGGGCAGCUGCCGCAUCCGCAUCCCGCUGCACACUUCUGAGAAAUGGCGCUAACCAAACCAAGUGCGGGUAAAUGUUGGCAGGGUUACAGGCGAUCGACCGCCACGUGGACGGAUUUCAAACAUCCCUCUUGUUGGUCAAAUCAUGAAAAGAGACGGCUGAUAUUUGACGGCUGCUGGACAGAAAAAGUUCCUUCCUGAAAAUGGGACAAAGUUUUUGCCCAAAGGCACAAACACAUGAGUUUUAAGCCAUUAUCUGAACGUUUUUUUUUUUUUUUAUGUGCCUGCAUCUUUCUUUUUUCUUCUAUUUCUUCUUCUUAUAUAUUCACUGUUUGUCGCAGGCUCAUGUGUUUUUUUUUCCACACUGUAAUUGGUAUUUUAAAAACAAUUUACUGUAAUGUGUCGGUAGAGUAUAAAACUACUAACUAGGGCUGCAACUAUUAUUUUCAUAGUCGAUUAAUCUGUCGAUUAUUUUCUCGAUUAAUCGAUAAGUUGUCUGAUCUCUAAAAUGUCAGAAAAUGGUAAAAAAAAAUGAUCCGUGUUUCCCAAAACUCAAAGAUAUUCAGUUUCCUGUCACAGAGGAGCGAAGAAACUACAAAAUAUUCACAUCUAACAAGCUUACCUUUUCUUUUUUUCAUAAAAAAGGACUCAAACCAGGUCAAGGGGACUGUUUUUCUGCUUAAGUUGGACAUAUGUUAACAUUCUGAGUGUUAUCUUAAUUUGUGUUAUCUUAAGUGUGGCCCUGCUUAUCACCAACCACGUCCGGUCCACAUCCUCACACCGGAUGCUGUGGUGGUACAUGUCAGUGAUGCAACAACCAUUGUUAGAACAAAUUUUAGAAUAAAAAACAAUUUUUUUAAUUGACAUGUUUUGUGGAAUUUACUGCUGUUCUGUACUGCUUCUGUAAUUUCCAAAGGGUUCAUUUGAGUCAUUUUUUCAGAAUAAAGGACUUAUUAGUUCUUGUUUUAUGUGUUGGAUCUAAUAAUCAUCUCAUAUUGCCGACCAUUAAAGCAGUAUUCUUAUUCUAGAUGAAAAUACUGAAGGUGUAAACUGCAAAGUGGAAGUAACUGUGCUGUUAACAACACUUUUAAAUGAGAAAAAAAAAGUCUACUAUGCAGUGGAUGGA